AUGUGCUCUAUCGGCAUGCUCCAUCAGUGGAGUCUUGCUGUAUUCUUGCUGUGCUCCCCGGUAACUCUUUAUGGGAAGCCAAUUGAUGCACUUAGUCACAGAACGAAGCGGUCAGUGAGCCAUGCCCAGCUGAUGCACGACAAGGGCCGCUCCUUGCAGGAGUUCAAGCGGCGCACGUGGCUACAGCAGCUGCUGGAUGAGGUGCACACGGCAGAUGAACAAGCCUCACCCCACCAGAGUGGUGGCAGCAGCCACACCCUCGGUGGGGGCGCCCUGCGUCAAAAGCCCGCCGGGGGCACCAAGAAUCUCCCGGUUAGGUUUCGGAUGGACAGGGAGGGUGCUACCCUGCCGCAGGAGACCAACAAGGCCCUGGCCUAUAAGGACCAGCCACUCAAGGUGGCCACCAAGAGGAAAAAAAAGGUUAGGCUGGGCCGGCGAAAGGAGAGCGACAAGAAGCGGAGGAAGGCGCGUUCCCUGGUGGCGAAUGAGACACAAAGGACAAAACAUCCCGGUUGA